AUGAGUCCCUUCCGCUUAGUAUAUGGUAAGGCUUGCCACCCUCCAGUAGAAGUGGAACACAAGGCUUUCUGGGCUGUAAAGGAAUGCAACAUGAAUUAUAAGGAAGCUGGUGCUGAAAGGAAGCUGCAACUAGCAAAAUUAGAGAACCUUCGCCUAGAGGCAUAUGACAACUCCAGGCGAUACAAGGAAAAGAUGAAGGCCGUCCAUGACAAGCAGAUAAAAAAGAGAGAAUUCAGACCAGGGGAGUUAGUUCUUCUUUACAACUCCAGACUGAGGCUUAUGCCAUGCAAACUGAGAUCAAGAUGGGAAGGCCCCUACAGAGUAGAAAAGGCAAAGCCAUACGGAGUUUUUCACCUACGUCAUCCUUCUAGCUCCAAAUUCAUUAAGGUCAAUGGACACCGCCUAAAGCUUUAUCAUGGUCAGAAGAUGAAGGAUCACAAGGAGUUAGAGGUCUUCUCCUGGAAGACCUACCAACAGAAGCAGAAUAAGCCUAAAAAUCGUCCAACUUAA